GUCACAGAAUACAGGGGAGAUUUAAAUAAUUUACCCUUUCAAAUAACACAGUGAUUCAGUGGCUAGAACCCUCGGCCGGAAGACCUCAGUUUCUGACAUCGCAGCUCGCAGGCGGGGCCUGUAACUGUAAGCAAUGGAGGAAGAUCUUUCGAACACCAAAGAGAUGUCGGGUAAAAUUCUAGAUACGAUUGCUCAGAAGAAACACGCAGCGAUGAUCGAACGCCUCUCCAACCUCCACCAGUCUCGUCUCCAGCAGUCCAUAUCUCGUAAGUCCGAUUCCAACGGUCCAUCUCCUUUUGAAUCAACAAAAUCCUUCUUAGAUCGCUUCUCUGAAGCUAAACGGUCGAUUCAGAACGAACUCGAUCGUUGUCGACAGGUUUCCGACCCUGAUUCGAAAGCUCGUUUAAAAUCUGAGCUUGAGAAAAUAUCAGUCUCCAUUUCCGAUCUUGAGAGGCUCGUCUCUGAGAAUUCCUACUACUUGCCCUCCUAUGAAGUCCGUUCGUCUCUGAAAACAAUAUCUGAAUUGAAGGAAAGUUUAGAUAAUGUGAAUUCUGAGGUAUUGCCAAAAAAGAAGUUUGCUUUCAAGAAUAAAGCGACAAAGAAAGAUCAAACUAGUGUGGCUCAAGGCCCUGAUGUUAGGGUUUCUGAUAAGGUUGUAGCCGAAAAGUCGAAUUUUCAGAUUCGGGAAUCUCCGGGGUUUAGGAAUAGGGAGGGUGGGAUUUUGGUUAAGCAUUUUAAGAGUUCGGAAGAGGGAGAUUUCACCCUUUCUGAUCUUAACUCCUGUGAAGUUCGCCUAACAGGUGUCCUUAGAGCGCUCUUCAUUCAUCGCUUGAGGAACUGUCGGGUUUUUGUUGGGCCUGUUCUGGGUUCAAUUCUAAUCGAAGAAGUUGACAGGUGUCUCUUCAUGUUAGCAUCUCAUCAAAUUAGGAUUCACCAUGCUAGGGAGACGGAUUUCUAUCUCCGCGUUAGAAGUAGGCCCAUUAUCGAAGACAGCAGCAGUGUGAGGUUCGCUCCCUACCUUUUGUUUUAUGAAGGGAUCGAAAAGGAUCUUAACGAUUCAAUUCUUGAUGGAGAGACUGGAAAUUGGGCCAAUGUGGAUGAUUUCCGGUGGUUGCGAGCCAUCCAAUCUCCUAAUUGGUCCAUUUUGCCUGAUGAUGAGCGUGUUUCUACGGUAAAUAUUUCCAAUUCGGAGACUCCAAGCCAAAGCGAAGAGAUUUAGUAUUUUCCCCUGGUCUUCUUCGGAGUAGUAAAUUGCAGAGGAUAAAGGACAAGCUAUGCUAACCAAACUGCAAAGCAGAGUACAAUGAUGAAUCAAGAAAAGAGCUUCUCAAAUAUCUUAUACCAAAAACAAAAAUCUUAUGUAGGGGCUACAAAUCAAUGUUGCAUGAGCUUUUCUAUUGGAUGAAGUGUCAGUGUUGGACACAUGUAGGAUUCCAAAUUUCCAAUAUUCCAUCAGUAACUUGAGGAACACUGCUAUCAAUACUCCUUUUUGUUAAUUUUUUCCUUUUCCUCAUUUUGGUUGACCAAUGUGCAACCUGCUAAAAGGGGAAGCUGUUCAAACUGAUGCCUCCUGAUUUCUGAUUGCUGCAUAUGGUUCCAGAAGUUUGUAGGUGUCAUGUCUAAGAAACUUGUGGUUAGGUUAUUAAGGUAUAUUGCUCUUCUCCUGUGUAUGGUUGAAGUUCAAUAUUGUAUUUAUGAGAAACUUAUUUUUGUUAUGACUUUGCAAGCUCUAGAUGCUUGAGCUUUGGUAGCAUUCAGGCUAUGCAUGUUCUGAAGGAUACUAUUGAGCAUUGACAGUCUGCCUUGGAAGACUUUUUUUAUCAAAAAAAAUUUAAACUUAAAUCUCGAAGUGAUUGAGUGCAACAGUUCCUGCAAGUUUUAUCUUGUAUUCAAGGAGAUGGAAAGAAGUCUUGAACUUUGUAUUUUUUCAAGUGAUCAGUUACCUGUCAUGUCUUUAUGUUUCACCAAUGUACCAAUUGUAAUAUAACUGUUAUGCUAUCUAUUUUGCAGCUAA